AUGCAGCUCACCUGGUACCUGGGCGUCGCCACGGCCCUCACCGUCGCUCAAGCUUCUCCGCACCCCGCACCAUGGCAACAACAACCACUGGAUGUGUCUCUCUUGCCUGAACAGCCCAACAAUCCUAGCCAUGAGCUAUCAAACGUUGAGGGCGUCAUUAAUGGAUCUCCUUUCUUGUCUUUCCACCGGGAUAUGAUCGAAAUUGAGUCCAUCUCCGGCAAUGAGCACGACAUUGGUAUCUUCGUUGCCGAGUUCCUCGAAUCCAAGAACUUCACCGUGGUCAAGCAAGAGGUCCCUCCCGUGAAGAGGCAACAGGGCAAUGACGACGAUAGCCCGGCUCCCAAGACUCGUUAUAACAUCUACGCCUACCCGGCUUCCCUUUCCGAGCAACCCUCUAUCCUCCUCACCAGCCACAUCGACACCGUCCCACCCUUUAUUCCAUACUCUGUCCGUGAGCCCGAAUCGGAAUCCACAUCUAGCUUUGCGGAUACCGUCAUUUCUGGCCGCGGAAGCGUCGAUGCUAAGGGCAGUGUCGCUGCACAAGUCUUCGCUACCCUCGAAACUCUCGAGAAGACUCCCGACGCAAAGCUCGGCUUGCUCUUCGUCGUCGGCGAAGAGAUCGGCGGAGACGGCAUGAAGACUUUCUCAGACUCAAAUCUAAACACAAACAGCGCAUAUCACACUCUUAUUUUCGGUGAACCUACCGAGGCUGCUCUCGUCUCCGGCCACAAGGGCAUGGUGGGCUUCGAGGUCCUCUCCCACGGCAAGGCAGCCCAUUCAGGAUACCCCUGGUUAGGCUAUAGUGCCGUCUCCGGAAUACUUCCGGCACUUGCUCGCGUCGAUAAGCUGGGUGAAAUCCCCGUUAGCGAUGGCGGUCUUCCCACGUCCUCGAAGUAUGGUCGUACAACGCUGAACAUCGGAACUGUGCAGGGUGGCGUUGCGAAUAACGUUGUUCCUGCCGAGGCCCGUGCUGAUGUUGCUGUGCGAUUGGCAGCUGGUACUCCGGAGGAGGCGAGGGAAAUUGUCGUUCGCGCUGUUGCCGAGGCUGCAAAGGAGGUCGAUGCGGAGGUUGUUGUGGAUUUCUCUAAUCAUCUGGAAUCGUAUGGACCUCAGGACCUUGAUACGGAUGUUCCUGGUUUUGAUAUUGUUCCUGUCAACUAUGGUACUGAUGUACCAAAUCUGUCGGUUCGGGACGGCGUGAAGCGCUACCUGUAUGGACCUGGGAGCAUCUUUGUCGCUCACGGUGAUAAUGAAGCUCUCACUGUGCGCAAUCUGAAUGAUGCUGUGGAAGGUUUCAAGAAACUGAUUGAUGCUGCUUUGGAAAGAGACUAA